GCAGGGCACAACACCGUACUUUCCGUUUUUUCGUUCCCCCUAACCAAACCAAACGAGUUCCUUCACAGCAUUCUCAACGGAACUUGUGCAACAAAACAUGCCCGCCCCUGCUGGACAAAGUGAAAGUAGAAGCCCUCCCUCCCUCAGUCAAGUCAGCCACGAGAUCGCAGCUGGUGUUUGUGUUCAUCGCAGUGAAAGCCGCCUCGACGCUCUGCCUGGCCCGCCCCCCACGGGAAGCCGCGAUGCAAUUGUCCCGAGGAUGUCACUGAAGAUCUUCACCCUGAGAAACACCAUCCCCUCCACUUUAAACAGGAGGAGGAGUCGGAGAUGUUGUGCAUCAAACAGGAGGCGGAGCCAGAGACCCCCAGCAUUAAAGACGAAGAACAGGAAUAUGAAAUCCCCAAGUUACCAAACACUGUCAGUGUGAAGAGCGAAGAAGAUAAAGGUCCAAGCGAAGAGAGCGAAGCAGCGGAACAUUCGAGCGACAGCUCAUUUCAACACCUGACAGCGAAGGGAGAGGGACGAUCACAACCGGUCGGCCUCUUACCUCCGCUUUCAGACAGCGAUGACGUAACGUCACACUCUUCUGACUUUAACACUGAUGAGGAGGAUUAUGACUUUGACCAAAAUUCUUCAAAAUCCUCAAACAAGUCAUCACUGAAAAGAGACGCAAAAGAAUGCGUGAUUGGGAAACCUUUUUACUGCACACUUUGCAGCAAAAGAUUUUCUCAGAAGUCUAAUUUAAUAAAACAUAACCGUACACACACUGGAGAAAAGCCUUUUGUCUGCACACUUUGCAACAAAGGAUUUUCUCAGAAGUCUAAUUUAAUAAAACAUAAGCGUACACACACUGGAGAAAAGCCUUUUGUCUGCAUAUAUUGUGGUCAAAGAUUUGCCGAGAAGAGAAAUUUAAACACACACGCAAUUACACACAGUGGAGAGAAGCCUUUCGCCUGCUCCUUAUGCGAGAAAACAUUUUAUUACCUGUCUCAGUUGACAAGACAUAUGCGUACACACAUUGAAGAAAAGCCUUUUGUCUGCACCUAUUGUAGUAAAAGAUUCGCCGACAAGGCAAAUUUAAACCAGCACACAAACACACACAGUGGAGAGAAGCCUUUCGCCUGCUCACUUUGCGAUAAAAGUUUUUCUAAGAAGACUAAUAAAGAAAGGCAUAUGCGAACACACACCGGAGAAAAACCUUUUGUGUGCACAUGUUGUGGUAAACGAUUCACAGAGAAAAGAAAUUUAAACACACACGCAAGAACACACACCGGAGAGCAUUUCGCCUGCACACUUUGUGAGAAGAGAUUUUAUUGUCAGUCUCAGUUGACAAGACACAAGCGUACACACAGUGGGGAAAAGCCUUUUGUCUGCACAUGUUGUGGUAAAAGAUUCACUGAGAAGAGAAAUUUAAACAGACAUGCAAGAACACACAUUGGAAAGCAACCUUUCUGCUAAUCACUUUGUGGUAAAAGAUUCACUCGGAAGGGAGAUUUAGUAUCGCACGUGGGAAACCACACUGGGGAAAAAACUUUGAAUUGCAGUGUUUGACAAGAUAUUCAAAUUCCUGCCACACAUUUACAGUGCAAAAAGCAUCUCAAUCUUCUUAUUCAGCCUCCCUUGACCCUCUUUUGAAAAAACAUUUGAAAUGAUUUUGCAGGUCCUGGUCUUUUUCCACAACAAUCCAAUAUUCUUUAUUUAUUUAUCUAUCUAUUUUUAAUCUAAUGAAAUGGGUUUAGGUUAGGUUACUUUAUAUCAAGCUUGAUCUUCUGUUCUGUAAUAUGUUUAGACUUCUUUGCUGCUACUUUGAUUUACUUUUGUAAACUCUGUUGUAAGUGACCUUGAGUGCCUUGGAAGGCACUUUGAAAUAAAAUGUAUUACACUUGUC